GGUGCUUCCAAAGGAGAUGAGACUGCUUGCUUUUCCUUCUUGGAUGCAACUUGCCAAAGUUUCUCAUUGCAGGCUGUAUCUGACAUCUCUGUACAUUUGAGAAUCAAGGAUGGUACACGAUCUGCAAAGUACUCAACUCAUCUUGAGGAGUUUAGGUUGGCAAAGGAAAUGUCCUGCUUGCAGAAAGUUCCAAUUUGGUCUAUAACCUGAUGUGUGUUCGUCUUGACUGGUGAAAUUUGAUCACUGCAAUGUGCACUUUAUUAGAUUUCUAAGAAGCUCAACAGAAGUUGCAUCAUAUUUAUCAAGGCAGCUUUCUAAUGGGCAUUGCUGAAAUGAUGGAGCCAACGGCAAUGGAGCCCCUGGAUGUGCUGAGGAAAUGCUUGGUGUGCAAAUGGGAUCUGUGCAGGAGAGACCCCAGGAUGCUGCCAUGCCUUCACUCCUUCUGCAAGGACUGCCUUCCAGAGCUGAUUCAAGGAUACAGCUACAUUUCCACUGUGCAUGAAGUUGUAUAUGAAGGUAUUCUUUCCUGCCCGGCGUGCAAACAGACCUGUUUUGCAAGAGAUGUAGUUGAAAAUUGCUUUCUCAAGGAUUUUCCCACUGCAAAUUCAGCUAUGGCAAAGAGCUGCUCCAUGUGUAAAGAGAAGAGACCUGCUCAUAUUCUCUGUACAAGCUGCAAUAAGUGGCUGUGCAGCACAUGUACAGAGGAACACAGGCAUGGCAAGGAAAACGGGGACCACUUCCUGUCUGUAUCCCUGAAGGGCUGCACAGUGACUGAAGAAGAGGCAAAUGAAUUGCCCUUGCUUUGUCCAGUGCACACUCAAGAACCACUCAAGCUCUUCUGUGAGACCUGUGAUAUCCUUACGUGCAGCAGCUGCCUGCUGAAAGACCAUAAGGAGCACAGGUUCAGACUUCUUGAUGAAGCUUUGCAAAAUCAGAGAGCUAUCCUGGAAAAUGUUGUAGCUAAAGUGGAAGAGAAAAAAAGUGGAAUUCAGGUUUCAACUAAACAGAUUGAAGACAGGUUGCUUGAGGUAAAACAUUUAUACAAAAAAGUGGAAAAUCAAAUCAAAAUGGCCAAGAUGGUUUUGAUAAAUGAAAUCAAUAAACGAACAAACAUCCUUCUCGAACAACUUGAAAAAAUCACAAACGAAAGGAAGCAGAAAUUGGAGCAACAACUGCAAGGUGUUGCAGUUUUAAGUACACAGGUUGAACACGUGCAGAACUUUGUCAACUGGGCAGUGAGCAGUAAAAACAGCAUCCCGUUUCUCUUCAGUAAAGAACUGAUUGUGUUUCAGAUCCAGCGCUUGUUAGAGACAAACUCUAACACAGACAUAGCCUCUCCUCUGAAGAUCAGAUUCACUUGGGAUCCCUCCUACUGGAGUAAGCAACUGUCCAAUUUUGGAGGUUUCACUACGGAAGGUGGACACACUUCACAUUCAGAUGUCCUGCUGUAUGGCAAUGUACAAGGAUUACCGACACCCUCGUAUCAUGGGCACUGUUCCCCAGCGUCACAGCUGGAGCCUGUGAAUAACCAGCCACAUCAGUUUCCCCCUGCUGCUCAGUGUCCUAUUCCUGUGUGUUGCUCUCACUGCCUCAGUGUACCUCACCCAAACAAAGCUCAGCCUUCUCACCAGAACAUAAGCCCCCAUCAACAUUUUCGACAGCCUUCCGAACUGCAUCAGCAGCACUUUCCCCUGCAGUGCAGCAUGCAGCAACGUGACAAAGAGCAAAGGGGUGUUUCCCAGCCUUUGAAGCCAACGCACUCUGAACGAGAGCAGCAGUCAAGGUCUGAGUCAGAGAGUGCAUCUGGGAGAACGGGAAAACACUUACCAUCCCAGCAGCUGCAACAGACUGUGCCUCUGGGCUAUGCUGUUGUAUCACAUGAGGCUCAGCAGGUUCACACAAGCCAUCCACAGCCAUUUCGCUCACAGACUGCUUUGCAGACAUCGACUGUGCAAGUGCAGCUUGGCCAUCUUCAGAAGAUAAAGUCUAACCACGUGCAGCAGCCACCACCGCAGCAGCAGCUGUCACCAGCAUCACCACCACCAAGUCAAUAUGAGAACACUCACAAACAAGUCAUGCAGCAGAGCCUGGACAUAAUGCACCACCAGUUUGAACUGGAGGAAAUGAAAAAGGAUCUGGAGCUUCUUCUCCAGGCCCAAGGGCAGUCCAGUUUGCAGCUGAACCAAGCUAAGCCACCUCAGCAUGUUCAACAGACCAUAGUUGGUCAGAUAAAUUACAUAGUGAGACAACCAGCCCCGGUUCAUCAGCAAAUUGAAGAUGAAGCACAAGUCUGUGAGAAUUCCACUGAACUUGAUGCCCAGAAGCCUGUAGUUCCUCUCGACAGAAGCAAAAUAUCUUCCAUGUCUCAAUCAUUGGAUGAAGAAAUCAAUGUCAGCAGUCGCUCCCCUGAAACAACAUUGCAACAAUCAACUUUCCAUCCAGUGAGAAAGCCUUCAGCAUCAUUAGGCGUUGUGGGCUUUUCAAGCGAUUUAGAAAUGGAACUGCCUUCAAGAUUAUCGAGGUCGGUCGACCCACAGGUGCAAGGCAUAGCCACUGUGGCACUUGGCCCAUCCCCAAGCACCCGCUGUGACUGUGAUACUCCACCAGAGCCAGUGCCUAGCUACAGUUUGGCACUGGGAAGAGCUCCAGUUGAGCUGAACCCUGGGAUUUCUACUGCCCUCACACCAGAUGAUGCACAUCAGGGCAGCACGAAGUGCAAGCUGGAAAAUGAAGAUUUCAAUUCUGUGGAUCAUCAGCCAGAAAACAGCUUGGCUACAGCAGGGCAAGAUAUAGUGAAUGAAUUAAGUCUUUCUAUGCAAAACGUUCUGGAAGAACCUAUUAAUCUUUCGGUCAAAAAAUCUCAGCGUUGUACUUCUCCUUCUGAACUGCUCAGCAACAAUUCUCUUCUUCCUGUGAAUGCUAGGAUAAGAUCACUUAGAAAUGAAGAAGUUUCCAAUAACUGUGAAAAGGAACAUUUUGAAAUGGUUAUGAAAGGCAAUCAGAAUGUCAGAGAGCCAAGGAUCCCCUAUGUGAGACUGGAGCGUCUGAAAAUCUGUGCAUCGGAAUCUGGCGAGCUACCAGUUUUUAAGCUCCAGCCACAGGAGAGUGGGCAGGAGGGCAGUUUUCUCCUGAUAAUUGAGCAUGGGACUCAGUCUUCAAGUAUGGCUAUAAAAAUAAAUAAAGGUGGUUCACCUGAAGGACUGAAAUCCAAAGAGGAGAACACAGAUGACAGAAAAUUUCUCAUAACCCAGGAUGCAGGACAAAUAAAAUCUCCUCCUGCAGAUAUUCCAUCUGUCGAUCAGAAGCUCACCAAUGGUACCUCCAUCAUGAAAAAAUCUCCAGUUACUCAGGAAGUCAAUACAAUUGAGAAUGAAGACUUCUGUGCUGUGUGUCUUAAUGGAGGAGAACUGCUGUGCUGUGAUCAUUGCCCCAAGGUCUUCCAUCUCUCCUGCCAUGUUCCAGCCCUACUCAGCUUUCCAGUGGGAGAAUGGGUGUGUACACUUUGCCGUAAUCCAAUGAAACCAGAGGUAGAAUACGACUGUGAAAACACACGCUAUGCUCAUAGUUAUAAUGCACAAUAUGGCCUUGAUGACUAUGAUCAGAAGAAAUGUGAAAAGCUGGUGCUUUCCCUGUUCUGCAGUAGUAUGAGCCUCCCAUUCCAUGAACCAGUCAGCCCCCUGGCUCGACAUUAUUAUCAGAUCAUCAAAAGGCCAAUGGAUUUGUCAAUCAUAAGAAAAAAGCUGCAGAAAAAGGAUAAGUUCCACUAUUCUGCACCUGAGGAACUUGUGACUGACGUGCGUCUUAUGUUUUGGAACUGUGCAAAGUUCAAUUAUCCAGAUUCAGAGGUUGCUGAGGCUGGACGAUGUUUAGAUGUAUUCUUUGAGGGCAAACUGAAAGAGAUUUAUCCGGAUAGGCACUUCCCCUCAGCGCAACAAGAUGACAGUGACUGUGAAGAGUUGGAGAACCACAACAGCAAAAUGCCCCACCAGGAUUUUCACUGGCCAUCACAUGAACAGGAGUGGGUUCAACCUAAAAAGAGGCGACGCCACGCUGAAAGCGACAAAACUAAAAGAAUGACGUUUCAGACUGCUAACAGCCUUCCUCAGGUGUGACCUCCUGAAGAUACCUGAUUUGCUAAGAGGAAUCCAGCAGAAUAACUGACAGAGUUAAGGUGUGUGGGAGGAAAGCAAAGCACUCGGGCUGUUAAUUUAUAUUCUCCUACUCUGCUGACCAUAUGCCUUAUUUGUAGAUCUUGUGGGUAGAUAACAGAUCAGGAGUGUUUGAUUCUGUCUGUAUUUCAUCUGUUAAGUCACGUGUAUGUUUUGCAAUGUUUACACUGAAGUACUGAUGUUUUGGUGAUACAUAAUGAUUAAUAAUAAAAGUAACGUGCUAAGAAUAUUUAAAAUUGCAGUACCACUUCAUAAUCAGUUCAACAUGACAUCUCUAUUUUAUAGAACACGGGUAACCAUGUAAUAAUCUUAUAAUGACAGUGUGAAUAUCGGCCGUGCUUUAUGAUAAAUACAAUGUGUGGUCAUAAGACAUAAUCCUGUUGUCUUAUUCACUGAUGUUUCUGGGAGCUUGACUGCUCGAGGCCUAUGGGAUACAGUCUAAUGUGAUUAUCUGAUUAGCUGUUUCUUUUGAAGCAGAGCAUUCUCAUUAAAUGACUAAAGAGCUACUGCAUUAUGUGACACAGCUCUGUGCGAGCUGCUGCUGCGUGCACGCUGGAUGCUUGGUUUGCAAGGAAUGAUUCUCCUGGUAUUUAAUUCAUGCUCUGUAAGGCAGAGCAGAAUUUUUGGGAUCCUCAAAGGCAGCAUUUCAGUGCCACCCAGGCCAGUUGUUUUUCUUUAAAGCAGAUCACUUUAAUAAGUUCACAAUGAAGCAAUUUACGUGGUUAUAGAAGUGCCUAUAAAAUAACAUCAUGUCCCCCUGAUUUUCUCUUAUUUCUGUUAAUUUCUUGUAGACGUGAUGAUUAGCAGUGCUAGAAGAUGAUGAUAAAUGUAUAUGUGUAGAAGUUCGUACAGGAUGAAAGGAUGCUUAAGUUUUGUUGUCCUAAAUUCUGCAUCAUAUUGGCAGAACAACUCCAAGGGCUGAAAGAGAACUUAAGUGUUCACUGGGGCAAAGGAUAGAAUGUAAUUUGGAAAGCCUAAAGUGUGGAAUAGGUAACGAAACAUGGUGCCUGAUCAGAGUGAUGCUUUGCAAGCUACUUUCCACCUCUUCCAGAAGCAGAUGAGCCAGAUAUUCACUUGCCAAUGCUUCCUGCCCAUGUAUGUGAGGGGCAUCUCCCUCUAUAGAGCUCUGCCUAGCAGCUUAAGGCUGGGCUGUGCUCUGGCUCUGAGAGAGAAAUAGCUUGCUGCAGAUCUCAUACCCAAUUAGAGUCCAUUUUAAUUAGUGUCCUGUAAAUAAAGAUGAUAUUUUCAGCAUAGGUUAUAAUGGGCUAUUUGGUCUGGUAACCAUGUAUGUUAUUUUAGAUAACACUUUAAAGUAAAGGUUUAUAUAUGAAACAGUAAGAUGUGAAUGUUAUAUUCUGCUGUCUGUGACUUACUGUUUGCCAUUUAACCUGAUGUUUUCUUUUCUUUGAAAAAUAAAGUUCUGGAUAUUAUAAGCUGACUGGAAAA